GGAAGUAAAUUGUGUAUUCGUAAGACCCCGGAUAAUAAAGGAGCACGUUUGUCAUACUCAGGAUAAUAUUAAAAGAACAGAAGGAGCCAUUAUCUAGAAUCAGAAAACGAGAUUUCAUUCCAUAGAAAACAUAAAGGGUAAUGGGGAAGAAGAGGGGACAAGAAAAAGACUAUAAAGAUGAUGCUCCUCCCGAGUUUACAGAUUCUCGGUGCCCACACACUCGCAAAGUAUUAGAUUUGAGCCUGAUUAAAAAGGCAGUACAGGAUGGAAUGUUGAAUGCGUGCCAAGACUGUAAGGGUGAUGAAAAAGAAGGGGACAGCAUUGAAAUCGAGAACACUGAGAGCCCAUUGAUUUGGGUUUGUCUGAAAUGUGGUCAUCGGGGUUGUGGAAGAGAUUCUGAUCAACAACAUGCCAUUAAGCACUUUGAAAAAUCACACUCGGACCCACACUGCUUGGUAGUUAGUUUGGAAAACUGGAACAUUUGGUGUUACCUUUGUGAUGAUGAUGUGCCGUAUUCCAGCACCGGGUGGUUGUCACAGUUUGUAACUUAUAUUCAAAAGCAAGCUCUUCUUUCAGAACCAACCAGGAAAACUACAAAUAAAACUGUUAAAGAACAUGAAAACCAGAUACAUAAACUAGAAAAUAAGAAUGAACAACAGAAGGACAGUAAGAAAGGUGGAACUAGAACGGAAGAAAAAGAAAAGCCUCACAAAGAAAUACCUCAGAAAAACACUAGUUUAACUGUGAAAGGAUUCAACAAUCUUGGGAAUACAUGUUUCUUUAAUGCGGUCAUGCAGAUUCUAUCGCAUACUGAACUUCUAAAGGAGCUUCUCAGAGACCUGAAAGACAAUGAAACCACCAUCAAGAUUACACCACAUCUGUCUUCUGAGCUGGGGCCAAUCAUAAUAAAUGUUGACAAACCAGGGUCUCUGACAUUGGCCAUGUGUCAAUUUCUCACUAAAAUUCAGGAAACCAAGAAGAGUGUUGUUACUCCCAAAGAACUGUUCUCCCAGGUCUGUAAAAAGGCUGCCCGGUUUAGAGGAUUUCAGCAGCAGGAUAGUCAUGAACUCCUUCGCUAUCUGCUGGAUGGAAUGAGGUCUGAAGAAAUCAAGCGAAAAAGUGCAGGCAUCUUUAAGACAUUGAAUGAUUCUGGAAAACAAGAAGAUGCAGAAGAAUCAAAGAAGUUGAUAAAAGAAUAUGAAAAGAAGGGGGAGCUUCAGAACUUUGUAGACCAGGUUUUUGGAGGAGAGUUAACAAGCACCAUUAUGUGUGAGGAAUGCAAAACUAUAUCUUUGGUAACAGAGAUGUUCCUGGAUUUGUCUCUACCUGUUUCAGAUGAGGCUUACAGAAAGAAGUCGCUGAAGAAAAGUGAAAGAAAACCUAGCAUAAAUGAAGAUGAAGAUUAUGGUGUUUCUCCUGCAAGUAAUGCAGAUAAUGGAAUCCCCACUGCCACCAGUAGCAAAUACCAGCUAAAGAAGGACAAGAAGCAUGCCAAAAAACAAGCAAAGAACCAGCGAAGGCAACAAAAGCAUGAAGGAAAGGUGUUACUUGCCCAUGCAACUGAGCAGAAUUCGGAGGAACAUCAGAACGGUGAAGAGUCCUCAUCUCAGGGCAACCUGAGCCAGCCAGACACAGAGAACCUAAAAGAACUAAAUGGAUGUACUGACAGCAGUGAACCAGUGUUGCAGAAUGAAAAAGAAGUAAGCGAUACAGAGCUUUGUGAAGACACCAGCAGUUCUGGGCAUGACAAUGCAAAUGAACACACAGAAGCUGAAAAGAACAACACAGACGGUCACCAGUUAGACCCUCUAGAGAAUUUACCAGAACCAUCUAAUACCACUACAGUACACUUUAAACAGUUCAGUGUACUUACUCCUGAUGAAAACCUUGUUCAAGAUUUAAGCAAAAUAAGCCUGAACGGUAAUAUUGUUUCCCAUGACGAUAUAGAGUUAGAAAUUGGUAACUGUGACGGUCCUUUUGAUGCCAAGGAAUACACAGUGGCUAACCAAGACCCAGUGGUGGCAUUUUGUACUCUCGCCAACCGAGAAACUCCAGGAAAGCAAGAAAGUUCAACCCAGUCCUGCCUGUAUCAGUUUACACAAAAAGAGAAACUCACAGGAACAAACAGGCUUCGGUGUAAUACUUGCUCACAAAGAAAGUACAAGGAACCAAAAUCCAGUAUAGGUGACAAGAAGAGUGUGUACACUGAUGCCCAAAAACAGAUGUUAAUUUCUAUGGCCCCUCCUGUUCUUACUCUUCAUUUAAAGAGAUUCCAACAGGUUGGGUCCAGCGCAUGCAAAGUAAACAAACAGGUGCGGUUUCCUCAGAUUCUUGAUUUGGCCCCUUUCUGCACGGUGAACUGCAAGAAUGUAGCAGGUGACAAAGGGGUACUGUACAGUCUGUACGGAAUUGUGGAACACAGUGGUACUAUGAGGUCUGGUCAUUAUACUGCCUAUGUUAAAGUCAAAUCUAACUGCCACCUUUCAGAGCAUCUUAAUGGCAUGACCCCACAAGUGUCAGAAGCAGAAUCAUUGAAAGGAUCUUGGUUCCAUAUAAGUGACUCAAGAGUUCAAGCUGUGCCUGAAAGUAAAGUACAAAACUCACAAGCCUACCUCUUGUUCUAUGAGAGGAUUCUCCACCAGACACACACAGACAAACACUGAACCAAACUUUUGAGCUGCUGGGAUUGCUACAGAAAGAAAAGGCAAGAAUAUGCGUGACAGAACGUUAUGCUGUUUGUUUACACACUGAAUUACAGGACAGAAAGAAUAUUAAGGUACCAAAAAAACAAUGAUGUUUAAAACUAUAGUUCUCCAUAAAAGAAUGAAAUGUUAAACUUGAUCUAAUAAAUUUGUUUUUAUUUUUUCAAAUGAAAAAAAUCUGUUUAAUUUUCUAAAUGUUUAAACUUGAACAUUUUUAAUCUUUGUAACUAAUCAAAGGACAAUAUGAGUAGCUCAUUAGAGUGCUGUUACUAUUAUGUAAUAUAUUCUACAACAUUAAUAUAUAUGAGAUUCAUGUAUAUGAUGUGUACAGUACUUGUGUACAUGGAAAAUAUUUCAAAUAUUGCAUAAGUUGCCUUAUGCGAUACACAUACUACUGUAUAAAACUAAAGCUGACAUCUAUUUAACAUGGAUAUUUUUGAUAAUGUGUAGGAAAAAUGAUAAACAGAAAAGCAUUACAUUACAUUUCACAGUAUAGAAAUUACAAAUGAGCAAUACUCCACUAGCAAUUUUUUUUUUUUUUUAUAAAACAUUUCAACAAAAUAUUUGAAAACCAUGAGCAAUUAUGCAGGAUUGAAAAGUAUCUUACUUGGCAGGGUCUCUGUGUCAUUAGAUAUGGAAUACUACUACAUUAAAACUUAGGAAUAAAGCCUUUGUGUUAUUA